AUGGCGCAUUUAGCUCAACCGUGGGUGGAUAAAUAUCGACCAAAAAGCGUGAAUGAGGUGGCACAUCAAGAAGAAGUAGUACAUACUCUUCAAAAGGCGCUUGAAUCAGCAAAUUUGCCCCACCUGCUUUUCUAUGGGCCGCCAGGGACUGGCAAAACUUCCACAGCUCUGGCUAUGGCCAGGCAACUCUAUGGGCCAGAAUUAGCCAAGGCAAGGGUGAAGGAGCUGAAUGCCAGUGACGAGCGAGGCAUCAAUGUGGUGCGGGAGAAGAUCAAAUCAUUUGCAGCAACGUCGGUGGGGCAGCCUGUCCCUGGCUACCCCUGCCCACCCUUCAAACUGCUCAUCCUGGACGAGGCUGAUGCCAUGACACAGGAUGCUCAAAACGCGCUGAGGCGGACGAUGGAGGCGCACAGCAAGGUGACGCGCUUCAUCUUCAUCUGUAACUACGUCUCGCGCAUCAUUGAGCCGCUCGCGUCCCGAUGCGCCAAGUUCCGGUUUCGGCCGCUGCACGGUGGCAUCAUGUCCGCGCGCAUCUCCCACAUCUGCAAUGAGGAGGGAGUGCAGCUGCAGGAGGGAGCCAUGGAGACGCUGGGGAAGGUGUCAGGCGGCGACCUGCGGAAGGCCAUCACCACCCUGCAGUCAGCCGUGCGCCUGAAGGGGUUGCAGGUGGAGCCGCAGACUCUGCUGGACGUGUCGGGUGCGGUGCCGGAGUCUGUGACGCAGUCGCUGCUGCAGGCAUGCAGGACCAGGACGGUGUCCAGCGUGCAAGCAGCCAUCACCGACGCCAUUGCCGACGGCUGGGGGGCACAACAGCUGCUGCUGGAGUUCCAGGCGGGUCUGUUGAAGGACCAGACGCUGAAAGAUCCACAAAGAGCGCGGAUCUGCACAGUGCUGGCAGAGGCGGACAAGUGCCUGGUGGAUGGGGCGGACGAGUUCCUGCAGCUCCUGCACGUGGCCUCUGUCGCCCAGCAGGCCAUCUGCGCGGCUUGA